CCCCCCCCAACCCCCUCCUGCCUGUUACAAGUCUUUAUCAUAAGCUACUGCGACUCAUCCUACUCCAGGUUGUGUGGACCCGAUCCCAAGAUUCAAAUCUCACAUCCUGAAAGCACAAGAUGCCGAUCAAUAGCUGGGGAUACGGUAAAGAAAACGGUCCAUCGGUAUGGCACAAAGAUUUCCCCGUUGCCCAGGGAAACAGGCAGUCUCCCAUCGAAAUCAUACCGAAGCAGGCUUCAUAUGAUCCCAGCCUGCAAGCCAUCCUCCUCAACUAUGAUCACUGCUCCUCCAUUAACAUCUCCAACAACGGGCAUUCUGUUGUGGUCGACUUUGAUGACUCCGAUGACCGUUCGGUGAUCCAGGGAGGCCCUCUCGACAACCCAUAUAGACUGAAACAGUUUCACUUCCAUUGGGGCGGAAAGGGCUGCCAUGGCUCUGAGCACACUGUUGCAGGCCGCAGCUACGCUUCGGAGCUUCAUUUGGUUCACUGGAAUGCAGUCAAGUACCAGACAUUUGGGGAGGCAGCAGCAGCCCCCGAUGGACUUACUGUCCUUGCUAUCUUUUUAGAAACUGGUGAUGAACACAGAUGGCUCCACAGGAUAACAGACACACUGUACAUGGUCAAGUUUAAAGGGAGUGCCACGGAUUUCAAAAGUUUCAACCCCAAGUGCCUCCUACCAAGCACCCUCCAGUACUGGACCUACCUUGGAUCACUAACCACACCCCCACUACAUGAAAGUGUCAUCUGGAUCGUCUUGAAGGAGCCGAUCACGGUCUCAGAAAGGCAGCUUGGAAAAUUCCGAAUGCUUCUGGCCACUGGAGAGGAGGAAGACCAGAGGAUGCACAUGGAAAACAACUACAGGACUCCUCAACCUCUGAAAGACCGGGAAGUGCGUUCAUCCAAUUAAUGGAACGUCAAAUCUUUGCGACGUAGCAAACAUUUGGAGAUGACACAGUGAAUGCAAUAACACGAGCAGAUUUUUUUUUUUUCCUGUAACUCAGGGAAACUUGUCAUAGCAAUUGCUUGAGUUGUUCUACUGGUCAGCUUUAAUGCCAAAAGAAACACUUCUUGUCGUGACUUUUAGGGACUUAUUGCACAACAGAAUUACUUGAAGUACUUGACCGGAAGAAUCAAAAGGUAGGAUUUAGACUCCAUUCAUACAGCUACUGUCGAGCAAAAGGGAAGUCCAGAAAGCUACCGGUUCUUUUUAGGUGGUAAAGUGGCUCCUUCCUGGUGUCAAAUGAUGCUUUGUUGAUCCAGCGUGUCGCUGCUGCAUAUCCAGUCUCUGUGGUCAUAGAUAAUUUCCAUUGCAAUCCCAACUGCAGCUGGAUCUGGAUUUGUGCUGUUUAUCUCAAGUGCUCUGUUUGGCUCUGACUGUCUAGUCUCUGGGCCUACAACCGUUCACCAGGAUCUACAAUAAUGUCAUGUGUGCGUGGUUUUGGAUCCUUUACCACUCUAAAAUGACUUGCUGCAUGUUUUCAUUAUACCUUGCAUGAGUGGUUUUGCUUUGAAUUUGCAUGGCAAUUUGCAUACUCCAUCCGCAAAGCAUGUUAUGUAUGUAUGUCAUGCCUUGCAGUCAUUCUGACUUCUAGCAUGUUGAGCAGUGGCAAUUUUAUCGACGGUAAUAGUCUUUACAUAGAUGGGCAAAUGCUUACCGUUGGCUGCAAUUGAAUAGUUUAUAAAUAUAUUAAAGCACAUGAGAACAACGGACCUCAUAAUUUAUUUCAUGAGUGGUCUGAAAUCCUAUGUAAUAUGUCAUGUUUGUUGAAAUAAAAUGUUACCCCCCCCCCUAUCAAACACUGA